AACCACCGGUCGCAUUUCUAUCGACUUCCUCCUUCCUCCCUCUGCCCUUCAUGUUGAAUGCAAGUGUUUUGUUUCAGCUCUCUUGACAAACCCAUUAAACCCCAUUCCAUUUAUUGCAUUUAUCCUUCAAAAUCGACACAAAAUAUGGCUCCUGCUCACUCUUCCAACACCUACAUUCUAUUCUUUUGCCUCCUAACAUCUCUCUUCUCUGCCAUUAGAGCUACUUUUAACCUCACACUCCCUCAUCAACACCCUAAUCCUGAAGCUGUUGUUCAAGAAGUACAAAGGAGACUGAAUGUGUCGAUUUACAGAAGAGAAAUGCUGGACACCGACGGUGGAUGUCUCACCGGAAACCCAAUCGACGAUUGUUGGCGUUGCGACCCAAACUGGGCGAAAAACCGCCAACGUCUCGCUGACUGCGCUAUUGGGUUCGGAAAAUCCGCAUUAGGCGGUAAAGGCGGCCAGAUCUACGUCGUCACCGACUCUUCCGAUCACGACGUCGUCAGUCCAACUCCGGGCACCCUCCGUUACGGCGUUUUACAAACCGAACCCCUCUGGAUCGUCUUCUCAUCCAACAUGGUCAUCAAACUGAAACACGAGCUCAUCGUCAACAGCUACAAAACCAUCGACGGCCGCGGUGCCAACGUCGCAAUCACCGGCGGUGGCUGUAUUACGCUCCAGUACGUCAGCAACGUCAUCAUCCACAAUAUACGCGUCUACGAUUGUAAGCCAUCGGGGAAUACUAACAUACGGUCAAGUCCAACGCAUGUUGGGUAUAGAGGCAAAUCCGACGGUGAUGGAAUAUCCAUCGCUGGAUCAAGAAACCUAUGGAUAGAUCAUUGUUCUCUCUCCCACUGUACGGAUGGCUUGAUUGACGCUGUUUUGGGGUCCACCGCCAUUACCAUUUCAAACAGCUAUUUCACUCAUCAUAAUGAAGUUAUGCUCAUGGGUCAUGACGAUGCGUACAUGCCUGACAAAGGGAUGCAGGUCACAUUUGCAUUUAAUCAUUUUGGGAGAGGUUUGAUUCAAAGAAUGCCAAGGUGUAGACAUGGAUAUUUCCAUGUUGUAAAUAACGAUUUCACAGAAUGGAAGAUGUACGCCAUUGGUGGCAGUGCUGACCCGACAAUCAAUAGUCAGGGAAACCGCUAUAUUGCACCACCGAAUGCAGACUCCAAAGAGGUAACGAAGCGAGUGGACACGGAUGAGGGAAAUUGGGCGGGGUGGAACUGGCGGACGGAUGGUGAUAUAAUGGUGAACGGUGCGUUCUUCGUGCCCUCAGGUGAUGGCAUGAGUGCCAUCUAUGCGAAGGCGGCCAGCUAUGAACCAAAGUCGGCCUCCCUCGUAACCCAACUCACAAUGAACGCCGGAGUCUUCGGUGGGCCCAGGGAUGAUGAUGGAAGCGAGUCAUUCACUGAUGGCACCAUCACUGGGGAUAGUGCAAGUGGGAACACCGGGAGAAGCGGUGGCGGUGGCGAUGAUGGUGACUACUUUGGGAUGAUAUUUGGUGGUGGCACGGUUGCAGUAUCACCACCUCCGGUCACCAUGUUUUUUAUUAUUUUAAUUUUAUACAUUAUAACUACCACCAACAAUGGUGGUUUAUUUUCAUUAUUAUUAUUCUUAUAGUGAUUAAUUUGGAGAUUUUGAUUGCUAAAUUAAAAGAGCAAGAAAAAAGAAAAGUUGACAAGAAA